AUGAAACCCAACCUCCUCCCCCUCCUCCUCCUCCCCUUUACAACCGCCAUCACGACCCCCCUCCCCAGCCUCCAAAUAACCCUCACCCCCCUCUUCUCCCCCUCCACCCUCAACAUCACCUCCCUCUCCAUAACCCUCCUCCUCAACCACACCACCUCCAACCCCCCCAAUCUCACCACGCCCCUCCUCUACCUAGACCUAAACCACGGCCUAACCCCAACCCAACAAUACCCCACCGCCUUCCUCACUGCCUCCGACACCCUCGGCCCUUUAUCCCUCAUCUCCACAGACACCAACACCAGCGACGCCACGCGGACUUGGUUCCCCGCUGAUCGUGCCCCGCAAGGGCCGGUUACAGUGCAGUUUACCGCUGUGCCGAGGGUAGUGGAUAAGUCGACGCCGUCGGGGCCGAGGGUGGAUUUGAGGGGGGAUGAGGGGGGCGUGGUGGGGAUGGGGACGGGGUUUUUGGCUUUGCCGCCGGGGGAGGAGGAUUGGAGUAUUGAUGCGAGAUGGAUAUUGCCGGAGGGGGGAGCUGAUAAUGGGGAUGGGAAGGGGAAAGUGAAGGCGGUGUCGUCGUUGGGAGAGGGGUUGGAGACGGUCGGGGUGGUGGGUUGGCCGAGGACGGUGGUGGCGAAGAGUUAUUUUGCGGUUGGGGAGGAGUUGAGAAGGUGGCCGGAUUGGGAUGAUUCUUCGGCCUCUUCUUCCUCCGCUACUAGGGAUGGUGGUGGCGGUGAUAAUGGUGAUGUUGAGGAAGCGGCAGACUUCCACGUCUACUGGCUCAACACGCUCCCCUACGACCCCUCCCACAUCUCGACCAUCGCACAAUCCAUGCACCUCGCCAUAGCCGACUUCUUCAUCCCCAACACCACCAUCCCCCCCUUCCGAGUCUUCUGGCGCCACGCUCCGGCCGGCUACGGCGGUGCAGGCGGGUACAACUCCUUCCUGCUUGAAUGGUCGGAUGGUACAGCUGCCGAACAAUCCGAGGAACAGGCCAGUUUUCUGCUGUCGCAUGAGAAUAUUCAUGAAUACGCGCUCAUGUACCCGUCGCGACAGUAUGAUCUGUGGUAUCGCGAGGGGGUCGCGCAGAUGUAUGCUGUGAUCGCGCCGUACCUAGCCGGGGCGGUGGACAAAGCGUAUUUGAUCCGGUGGUUGAACAACAACAUGCAGGCGUACUACACCGGCGGGAUGGCCGGGGUUCCCUGGCAGGAGGUAGUCGAUAACUACUGGACAAGUGUGCAGAACGUGAAGGCGCCGUACGGGAUUGGGUUUGCCUAUCUGGCGCAGGUGCAGGGGUUAGUGAGCUGGUCCACGGGGGGUGCGAAGGGACUGGACCUGAUUGUGCGGGAGUUGUAUCGGCGGUAUAAGGCCGGGGAUACGGUGCAAACGGAGCAGUUUGUGGAGGUGUUGGGGUCGGUGUUGGAGGGUAGCCUGCCUGCGCAGCAGAGCAUCAACGGGAUGUUGAAUGGGACGUUGAUUGUGCCGAGGGUGGAUGGGUUUGUGCAUUUGGGGCUGACGCUGGUGAGGAGGGAUGCUGAGUUGUUUGAGCUUGGGUUUGUGUCGGCGCAGGGGAAGGUGACGGGGUUUACGGCGGAGAAGACGAGGGCGGAAGAGGCUGGGCUGAGGGUGGGUGAUGAGAUUGUGAGCAUGUGGGGGGCUUGGUUGGCGGGGGACUCGCUGGAUAAUAUGAUGGAAGUGGUGGUCAGGCGGGAUGGAAAAGACGAAACUAUCACGUAUUGGCCGAGGUCGUACGAGAAGGUUGAGAACUGGGAGUGGGUGGACAGUGAGGCAGUUUGA